GCUUUAGUGUAGGCGACAUGUUAACACAUAUAGUGGUAUUACUUCUUUUUGUGGAAUGUUAUGCAGUGCCUUCAAGUACAAAAGUAAAACCGCCUUGUGCAUCGACGAGUAGUGAUUGCGUUCAGGAAAACACGCCAGAUGUCUCCUGGAUCAGAAUAUUAGUUGGGUUACCAGAUUCACUGCCACAGAUCCCUAACAUUAAAGUAGAAAUCUCGAACGAUAUGAAAAAAGCGGACUGCAAUUGCGAAAACGAGCCAACUCAUCGUCCAGAAUGCACUACAGAUGCUCCAUCUGUGGAACCGACUGACCGUACCGACACCAGUUCAUAUAUUCCACGCUCAGAACCUACAGAUAAUGGCGACAUCUUUACAACUAAUCCACCAACAGAACUCACAGAUAAUGGCGACAUCUUUCCAAGUAAUCCACCAACAGAACCGACCGACGGUGGCGACAUCUAUACAAGUAAUCCACCAACAGAACCGACCGAUGGUGGCGACAUCUAUACAAGUAAACCACCAACAGAACCAACCGAUGGUGGCGAAAUCUAUACAAGCAAUCCACCGAAAGAACCCACAGAUAAUGGCGACAUCUUUACAAGUAAUCCACCAACAGAACCGACCGAUGGUGGCGAAAUCUAUACAAGCAGUCCACUAACAGAACCCACAGAUAAUGGCGACAUAUUUCCAAGUAAUCCACCAACAGAACCGACCGGUGGUGGCGACAUCUUUACAAGUAAUCCACCAACAGAACCGACCGAUGGUGGCGAAAUCUAUACAAGCAGUCCACCAACAGAACCCACAGAUAAUGGCGACAUAUUUCCAAGUAAUCCACCAACAGAACCGACCGGUGGUGGCGACAUCUUUACAAGUAAUCCACCAACAGAACGGACCGAUGGUGGCGAGAUCUAUACAAGUAAUCCACCAACAGAACCCACAGAUAAUGGCGACAUCUUUACAAGUAAUCCACCAACAGAAACGACUGAUGGUAGUGAUAUCUCUACACAUAAUUCACCUACAGGUAGCGAAUCACCUAUCUGCAUUAACAAUGAAUAUUAUUUCGCCUUCGCGGAUCCUGAAGAUUGUUCCACAUUCUACAUGUGUUUCGGUAGGAGGUUAGUCAGCUUGAAAUGUCCCUACAGCUACUUUUGGGACGAGGAAAGAAAGACUUGCAGGUGGAACAGCCUGGUGGAUUGUAAAUCGAGGCCAAAACCUGGGUUUCAACAACCAGAUGUAGCCGUGCGUAAAAUUGAUUCAGCUAACGCGAUCUGCAGGACGAAUCGGAAUGAUUACGUUGGAAAUCCAAACGACUGCUUCACCUAUUUCUCUUGCUUUGGUAGAAGUCGUCAGUUGCUUAAGUGUCCUAUGCAACACGUAUUCAACAAUAAUUUAAAAGCAUGUGUUGCUUUAUUACCAGGAGUCUCCGAAACACCGGGUAGUUGCGGAAUGAUUAAAAUAUAA